AUGAUGUUGAAAAGAAACAAAGCAAAUGUUAUAAAUAAUACUGAAGUAGCUGAAUUUGAACAAACUCCGACACCAUCGCCAAAACCAACGUCAAAACCAACGCCUUCACAAACAACACCUUCAAUGACUCCUGAACCUAUGAAAGUACAAACUCCUGUUCAAAAGUCAACUCCAAAACCGACUCCAACAUUUAAACCAGAACCUACUCCUCAAAUAAAUCGUAAAACUCCUGCGUUUCCUUACUGA